AUGGCGGGCGGGAGCUGGGCUUUUACCCAUGUGUUCACCUUCGGCCCAACGUUCCGAGCAGAAAACUCACAGAGUCGUCGGCACCUGGCAGAGUUCUAUAUGGUGGAGGCUGAGCUGUCCUUCACUGAAAGCCUCCAAGACAUCAUGCAGGUUAUGGAAGAUCUUUUCAAGACAGCAACAAGCACUGUACUCUCCAAAUGUCCUCGUGAUGUUGAGCUUUUUCAUAAAUACGUAGCUCCUGCCCAGAAGGACAGAUUGGAACAAAUGUUGAAGAACAAAUUUGUGACAAUUUCCUACAAUGAAGCAGUGGAAAUUUUGAAGCAAGCUUCUCAAACUUUCACUUUCAAGCCAGAGUGGGGUUGUGACCUCCAAACAGAACAUGAAAAGUACCUGGUGAAGCACUGUGGUGAGGUUCCCGUGUUUGUGAUUAACUACCCAUACGACCUCAAACCUUUCUACAUGCGGGACAAUGAAGAUGGACCUCAACACACAGUUGCAGCUGUUGAUCUCCUUGUGCCAGGAAUAGGGGAGUUGUGUGGAGGCAGCUUGAGAGAGGAGCGACUGCCCUUCCUCGAAUCACGCUUACAGAGAUUAGGACUCACAGAUGCCUACCAAUGGUAUCUAGACCUCCGAAAAUUCGGCUCAGUUCCUCAUGGAGGCUUCGGAAUGGGGUUUGAACGCUACCUGCAGUACAUUUUGGGAGUUGACAAUAUCAAAGAUGUCAUUCCUUUCCCCAGGUUUUCUCAUUCCUGUCUCCUUUAGCUCUGCAGUUGACUCGCAUGGAGAAAACUACUGGUGUGACUAUAUGUAUAUAACAUACUAGGAUAUGACUAAGUGUAUUUUAGUGGGAAACCAAGAUAACUUUUGUAUCAGUGAAACUCUUGGUAAAUUUAAUACUGACUUAUUGUAAACAAUAUGUGUUCGGUGAGAUUAUGGAAGCACACUGACAGUUAAUUUGAUAGCAGUUUGUGUCUUCAGUGCACUUCAGGAGUAUUAAUAAAUCCCACUUAACUAAAGGGUUAAGAUUCUCAUGAGAGUAGUACAAGCCAUGGAAGUACUGAAUAAGCGUUGUUGGGGGUUUAUGUGAAAUAUUAAUAAGGAGGUGUGACCUAAAAU